AUGUACAAGUACGCGCUUCUGUUAUUCGGAAUUGUAAGCCUAGUGAGGUGUGAGGAAGCGAGGAAGCACAAAUAUGUAGAUCCCUUCGCAGCGUUGGAUCGACAUAUCAGUCAUUCCUUAGCUUACCACUACUUAUGGCCAUGGAGUCAGCUGAUACGAGCCGCAGCCGCUUUGGACGCCGAGGACAGCUUAGAGGAACCGAAGAUUAUCUCGGAACCGGACAAAUUUGAAAUUAUUCUAAGCGUCAAACAAUUUAAGCCCGACGAAUUGAAGAUCAAAGUUAAAAAUCGUUACAUCAUCGUUGAAGGGAAGCACAAAGAAGAGGACGAAGAUAAAAAAUUCAUGGCUAACCAUUUCGUGCAGCGAUUUGUGCUGCCUCCGGGAAGCAAGCCCGAAGAAGUGACGGCAGUGCUGAAUGAGCACGGCAAGCUGUCUAUCAAGGCACCAAAACACGAGCUGCCACCUCCACCGCCAGAGAGAGAGGUGCCUAUCGAAGUGCGGGCGCCCGAAGUGAAGACCGAAACAAUCGAAACUAUCGAAUCAUCGACACUGAAACAAGAAGUUGAGCCUAUACAGAACUCUUCAGUAACACCACUCGAGCAAGCAGAUUUAGAAUCAACUACGCAUAUUGGCAAAAUACGCAAAAAGGAGUUAAAAGAGACCACAAAAGCAGCUAAAGAUAACGAAGUUACUAAAGGAGGCGAUGGUAACGGAUUAGACUACGCCUUAAUAGAGCCGGAAGAGUGA